GCACGCACAAUAAGCUUCAUCAUUUCCUGAGAUAUUCUAACUCCUCCCCUUUUCUCAUGAAACUUAUCAAUAACUUGUUCAAGGCACAUAAGAAUCUCUUUAUCCCUCCCUUUUGCAGAAAAACAAUGUCUCAAUCCGAUCCACAAAGUCCUUUCAACAGGCCAAGAAUGGUGGUCAAGAAAGUUCCUGCCAAAACUCAACAAGAGGGUGAUGGUGCUGCUGUUAGAAGAAGCAUUGGAAGGAGUGAAUUGAAACUUUUGGAUCCAUUUUUAAUGUUGGAUGAGUUUGCAGCAUCCCCUCCUGCUGGAUUUCCAGAUCAUCCACACAGAGGUUUUGAGACUGUUACAUAUAUGUUACAGGGAAAGGUUACUCAUCAAGAUUUUGCAGGCCACAAGGGAACAAUUCAGACUGGUGAUGUUCAGUGGAUGACAGCAGGAAGAGGCAUAAUUCAUUCUGAAAUGGCUGCUGGUGAAGGUAUCCAAUGGGGUUUACAACUUUGGAUCAAUCUCUCUUCUAAAGAUAAAAUGAUUGAGCCAAGGUACCAAGAACUUAAAAGUGAGGACAUCAAACGAGCAGAGAAAGAUGGGGUAGAAGUUCGUGUUAUAGCAGGAGAAUCAAUGGGAGUUCAAUCUCCUGUUUACACUAGAACUCCAACAAUGUAUCUAGAUUUUACUCUGAAACCAACAGCUGAAGUACAUCAAAGUAUUCCGGAAUCAUGGAACGCAUUUGCUUAUGUAAUCGAAGGCGAAGGCGUGUUCGGAUCAAUCAAUUCAUCGCCAUUAUCGGUUCAUAAUGCGUUAGUGUUGAGUCUUGGCGAUGGGGUAAGUGUUUGGAACAAAUCUUCAAAGGCAUUGAGGUUUGUUUUGAUAGCAGGGCAGCCAUUGAAUGAGCCAGUGGUGCAAUAUGGACCAUUUGUGAUGAAUUCACAAGCUGAAAUUGAGCAAGCCAUUGAGGAUUAUCAAUAUUGCAAAAAUGGGUUUGAAAUGGCAAAGUAUUGGAGGUCUCAAUGAGGGGGAAAAAUGAAUAAAAAUGAAAGAAAGGGGCAUGAAUGAAGAUUAUUAUUAUAUAAUUUUAGUGUAAUUUUGUUGCUGUAAUCUUUCUCCAUUCAAUAAGUUAGAAGAAAAGAAGUCCGCUGGUGGGUGAUGGAUCAGCUUAUCUUAGUUAUAUUUUAAUUUUCAACAAGAUUUAAAAAAAUGAAUUUGUGGCAGUUCAGAUUAGAAAUGAAUUGGCUUCUUGUUUUGUUUUA